AUGGCGCCCUUUCUUCUCGCUUUGAUCAUAUUUGGAGUCGCAGCUAGGUCGGAUGCUCGGUCAAAGACCAGUGACAUCCCGGGCGACGACGAAGACGGGUACCAACUCGACGUCAAUCUCUACGAACUCUGUCACAACCUGACGACAUAUGACGGCGGGAUGGUCGACUUCGUGGUCGAAAACAUCUGCCCGUUGGUCUUCGGUGAUGAAGAGGAAGGCUCUCACUGGCCUGGCAGUGGGCCUGAGAUUUUAACCUUCACAGAUUUAGUCCAAGCGCUCACCCCAAAUUUCAUUUACCAGAGACUCAUCAGAGCGAUGGUCGAGAGUACCUGCAAAUCCGAGGGCAAAGGGCAAAGGCUAGAUUCCUUCUGUCGUUUCCAUCGGGACGGCAUCGAAGUCAGCGGCGUAGAUGGUGGUAGUGGUAGUGGUAGUGGUAGUGGUGAUGGGAGUGGUGAUAGAAGUGGUAGUGGUGAUGGGAGUGGUGAUAGAAGUGGUAGUGGGGAUGGUGUCUAUGACUUUUCUGUUUAUUGGAGUAGUAUGAUUGACGGUGACAAUUUCUGGUAAAUGAAGAAAAAAAUCAUGAAUCGUAAGACACAUUAAUUUUGAAUUGCGAUUAUAAGUCGAUUAGGUAAAAAUGUAUCACGUUUAUGUAGUGCUACACACAACAUGUUUUGGUCUUGACAUGCUUGAUGUAAGGGUUUCCAUGUGGCUAUACUAUUUCAAAAUAUUUCAAAAUAAAAGCUUCAAAUGUUAC